AUGGAAAUUGAGGCAGAAAUACGCACCAUAUUAGCACGGAAACAUGAAUUAGAAUCACAAGCUUACGAACACCAAAUUGAAACGGAAUACAAGUUGUAUGAAGACAAUAUUCACACAACAGCACAAGCACUUGGGUUUACUGAUGAUAUCGAAGUCUUGCAAGUGUCGUAUCACCACUCGAAGCGCGCGGUAGUGAUGCCGAAAGUGCCUGAAGAAUUCCAACGCGUCAUAGAUGCGGUCAAACGUGGUGAAAGUGUAUCGGGUGAUAUUCCCAUGUCUGACUUGACUGAUGCGAUUGGGUAUGAGUGGUUUGGUGAUGAAGUGGUGAAUGCGUUUGUCUCGCUUCUUCAGUCGAAAGUGAUUGGUGUUUUGAACUCAUUCUUCUUCACCAAACUGUCUGACACGUGGAAGUUAAAAGGCAACGAAAUUAAUUACAACAACACAAAGAGGUGGGCAACAAAAAUCAACUUCUUUUCGUAUGAGAAGGUCUUAAUUCCAAUCAACAUCAAAAAUACGCAUUGGGUUCUUGGAGUGAUAAAUAACAUUGACAAGACAGUCUCCGUCUUAGAUUCUUUGUCCUAUCCAAUGCAAGAAAUCGCAGAGAAGAUCUUAACCUUUGUCACUCGUUUUGGUGAAGAGAAUGGCCGUGUUUCAAAUUACCAAAUAGUCACAACAGAUGUGCCAAAACAAAAGAAUGGAAGGGACUGCGGCGCGUUCACCUGUAAAUUCGCCGAUUGCAUUUCAUUAGACGCCGAGUUCGAAUUCACACAAGACGACAUUCAAAAUUGGAGAAGUAUGGUAGUCGCACAAAUCGUGUUGAAGAAGUUGAUUGUUCCAAGAUAA